AAAAAUGGAAACAUUAGCAAUUUAAGGAAGCAUUUGAAAACUAAACAUCCGACUCUUUCAUUCUAAGGAGAAAGGGCAAAACGGCGAGUGGAAGACGAAAAUAUGCCUAGGUGCAAAAGGAACUUAGUUUCAGAAAUGAGUUGGGAAGCAGAGCAAAAAAGAUUGCAGGCCCUAUGUGAUGAAGUACAACUUGAAGAAGAUCUAGAUGAUGAGGACUUAGAACUGGCUGCGGAUGAGGACGUGACUGAAACAAGAGACACCGAUAGCGAGUCAGAUCAAGAAUAUAAUGAUGAGGUCAUUUCUCUUCAAACUGCAGAAAUUCCAGGAGCUCAUCAUUUUCUUGGUAAGGAUAAUAAGGCAAGAUGGAGAAAACACUGCACUAAGAAAACUUCACGAACUAGACAAGAAAACAUAAUUGUGCGUCUUCCUGGGGUACGAGAUUAUGGAAAACAUGCUCGCUCCGAAAUCGAAUGCUGGUCGUUGUUUUUCUCAGAUAAAAUGCUUGAAGAAAUAGUCGAAAAGACAAAUUUGUAUAUUACGCGCAUAUCUGAAAACUAUUCCAGAGAUAGAGCGGCGAAAUUAACAGACUUGCUUGAAAUUAAAGCACUGUUUGGUUUGCUGUACCUUGCUGGGACUCUCAAAAGUAGCAAACUGAACACGAAGGAAAUUUGGAAUAGACAAGGAACUGGCAUUGAAAGAUUUUGGGUGACAAUGUCCGAGCAGCGUUUUCGAUUCCUCCUUACCUGUCUGCGAUUCGACGACCUUUCUACUAGAGACGAAAGAAAGAAAUUUGAUAAGUUGGCACCAAUAAGGUCAACUUUUGACAAAUUUGUUAAGAACUGCAAAAAUACUUACUGCAUAGGAGCCAAUGCAACCAUAGAUGAGAAGCUUGAAGCGUUUCGUGGACGUUGUGGAUUCAAGCAGUACAUCCCCAGUAAGCCAAACAAAUAUGGAGUUAAGAUCUUUGCUCUUGUCGAUGCUUCCACGUCAUAUUGUGCCAAUUUAGAGGUAUAUGUAGGUACACAACCCGAUGGGCCUUUCAAAACAAAUAACGAUCCUGUUAGCAUUGUUUUACGCCUCAUUGAACCUGUUUCUGGGACAAAUAGAAAUUUGACUUGUGAUAAUUGGUUUACCAGCGUCCCUCUGGUCGAGAAACUACUGAAAGAACACAGACUAACAUUUGUUGGAACUUCCCACGGAAUUCACAAAUACCAGAAGUCGAGCUGCUUGUACAUCCAUGUUUGGGUUCCAGAAAGAUAUGACAAUUGUGUCUUAUGUCCCCAAAAAGUAUAA